GGAGAGAGUGGGAAGAGAAAAGAUGUCGUACUUGUUGGGGAGAGUAGUUGGAGGAGCUUCCAAUGGCGGCGUCGCCUCCUCCUCUUCCUUCUCAAAAGCAACGGCGAUGGCGUGGGUGAGAUAUUUCUCUCGGGAUGGUCGGAAAAGGGCAGAGAAUGUAAGGAAGAUAAAUCCAAGGGUGAGCCCACAAGAGGCUUCAUCAAUUGCUCGAGGUCUGUACGACGUCGUCAAGCAACACGGCCCUCUCACCAUCUCCAAUGCUUGGCUUCUCGCUAAGGAUUCUGGCGUGAGCGGAUUGAAUAGCAAAACACACAUGAAGUUGAUGCUGAAAUGGAUGAGAGGAAGAAAGAUGGUGAAGCUGUUGUGCAAUCAUGUCGGUUCCACCAAGAAGUUCUUGUUGUCUACCAAGACCGAAGCUGAGCCAUCAAAUAAUAAAGAUAAGGCCGAGGCUGAGCCAUCAAAUAAUAAACUGAAGUUGCAGACCAAGAAGCCUUCCCAAAAAGGAAAGAAGCAAACCAGAUGAGAGAUUUGGAUUUCUCUCGAGUUUCUCAUACUGAUACACUCUUGUUAGAUUGAGUUUGUUUGCUUGCUAUAAUGAUAAUUGUCAUCUACUGUUGUUGGGAUGAAAUGGGAUCAUCACUGAGAAUAAUAAUAAUAAUU